GCCCCAGCGACCACGUCAGAUUCGGCCAACUGGGAGGGAGCCCUCUUCCAUAGGCCUGGAAGCGAACCUCACUCGCUUCGGCGAAACGUGCCUUUACCCGUUAAAAAGCCCUCAGUAUUUAAUUUGCACUUGGGUUUUUAAGCAAUCAUGGUGAACUUAAUUCAGAUGGUGCGUGACCACUGGGUUCAUAUCCUGGUCCCUAUGGGAUUUGUCGUUGGAUGUUAUCUGGACAGAAGGAAUGAUGAAAAACUGACUGCCUUCCGGAAUAAGAGUUUAUUAUUUAAAAGGUUAGUGGCUACAUUCUCUUAAAACAAGCUAUUGACU